UCUCACACAGUGACAGCAUCAUUUAGUAAAGUACGACAGAAUAGCCUGCAACACUACUUCAAGCUCUGCCUUUUCAUCAGCGCCUGCUGGAAGCCAUGAUGCUGGCAGCCAUGAUUCUGGCCUCUCUGAGCCUCUGGGUGUGGGCGUCUGACCUCUGCCCCCCUGUCUGCCAAUGUCUCCACAACCUGACCUUCAUCAUGUGUCAGGACCAAGGCCUGGACCAGAUACCUGAUCUGCCAGAGAGCACAGAGAAGCUGUACGUCUCUUACAACAACAUACAGGAAGUACCCAGACAUGGGCUGGAGAAGCUGCAGGUCCUGGAUCUGACUAUGAAUCAGAUCAAUUUCAUCCUAAACCAAGUUUGGCCCAGCAUGACGAAGCUGUCUAAGCUCUUCCUACGCAACAAUAACCUGAGGUUUCUGAAAUCGGAUCAGUUCCCAAAUUGCCCCAUUCUUACCGUACUUGACCUGAGUCAGAACCAGAUCAAACAUAUACCGACCGGAUUCUUCCGUGGAUUAGCUCAACUGGAGACGCUGAAUGUGGAAUUCAACCAGAUUCAAAGGUUACAGGUCGGGGCAUUGGAAGGAGCCUUCCACCUAACUGACCUCAACCUACGCCAUAACAAUGUGUCCAACAUAGAGGAAGGUGUGUUCAAAAACCCUGCUGUGUUAGAAAAGCUUGAUCUGUCUAGUAACAGAAUUACAAGUAUUAGAGAGGGCACCUUUAGAGGAGCGACAGUUCUCCAACAUCUGGACCUGAGUGGCAACAUGCUGAGCUCUCUGUCUGAGGGAUCGCUGAGAGGCCUGACCAUGCUGAAUCAGCUGCACCUCAGUCGCAACCUCAUAGAUUCUCUUCCCUCUAAAGUCUUCAACGACCUGACAAGCCUAGAGAUACUUGAUUUGUAUAGUAACAGACUAACAUCUCUUCCUCUUGACGUAUUCAGUAACCUGAAAAACCUCACAGAACUGCAGCUGGAGAGCAAUCGGAUCUCUGCCAUACCAGUUGGGGUUUUUGAUUCUUUGUCAAAACUCAAAGAGUUACAGCUUUCAAAUAACUGCACGGAGCUCCACCCUGCUCUGUUCAACAAGCUCAAAUCACUGCAGAACCUGGACUUGGAGAACAACACUCUGAGGCACCUUCCCAAAGGCCUUUUCCACAAGAAAAGGGUCCUCAAGGAGAUACACCUCGAUGACAACCACAUCAGGUCUCUACAUCACUCAGUCUUUCACAGUUUAACAAGACUAAAUACACUGAAGCUCUCUCGAAACCAUCUCACCUCUCUACACCCAGACCAGUUCAGAGACCUUAUCAGUUUAAAAGAGUUAAAUCUAGAUGCCAACCACAUUGGACACCUUUCUGCAAGCCUGUUCCUGAAUCUGACCAACCUUUUAAUCCUGAAUCUGGACCAUAACAGUAUCUCAGAGCUUUCUCCUGAUGACUUUGUAGGGUUGACAUGCCUUAAGGAGCUCGGGUUGAGCUUCAAUCAGCUCCAUGACAUCCCGCAUAACACCUUCUAUCCCCUCCACCUUCUCCGAAAGCUUCAGCUAAAGAACAACAGCCUGGAGAGUUUACACCCUCAGCUCUUUACCCAACUUUCGAAACUAACGGAACUCAACUUGGAUGGAAACAAGCUGGACCGCCUGCAGCCUGAUGUAUUUCAAGGACUUGCAAAGCUCCAGAAGUUGAGUUUGAAGUCCAACCAGCUCCGAGCAGUGGAGAAUGGGACUUUGGGGCCUUUGGGAAACCUAAGAGCUGUUAAUCUGUCAGGUAACCUGUGGGACUGCACCUGUGCACCUGUUCUCUACAUCAGCCGCUGGGUCAACACGCACAGUGAUAAGCUCGGGGACCGGCCCUUUUGCUUCUUCUCCUCUUCUUCCUCACCCCUAACUAAGGAUACACCACUUUCUCAGGCAGCUCAGUCUCCCCCUCUGUUACAAGAUCAAUGCAUUCCAAAGGCUGCAAGUGGCUCAUCUCUUUCAUUUCCUCUAGAAAUGCUGAAGCUGAUCACAAUAUCUCUCCUAGCUCUCGGCAUACCGUGACAUCCUCUGUGGUGCCGUUGGGUUCUCUAACUCUCUUCCUGCUCUCGCUUUCUAUGUCUGCUCUCUGUUUAGUCUCUAUGUACUGUAAUGGUGCAAAUCAAAUGGCAAAUGUGCAUUGGAUUAAUGUCGCAAAAGUGCAAUAUUAAGAUAGAUGUUGAAAAAAUGUUAACUUAAUGAUUUAAUUUACAAUAAAAUAUAGAGCUAAGGAAUUGAAUGUGGAUAUGAGAAUGUAUUAUUUGGUAGUAAAAAUAAAUCGUACAGAUUGCAUUUUGAAGUAAAGGCUCAUUGUGGCAUUAAGAUUUAGAUUUAAGGUUUUCAAGGUUGUUCCUCUAAACCAGUCAAAAAUAAACCUUUCAAAUAC